AUGAGCAAAGAUUAUUUCAAAAAAAGACUUAUCAAUCAGCGCGAAGCCAUAUACGCACAAGCUCAAAGCCAAUUUAACAACGCUGACACAGAAGACGAUGCUUCCCACAGUUCUUGUACCACUUCGGCCUCUACCAGCCAGACGGAGGAGCAGAAUGAUUGCUCCGAAAAAACCGAAGUCGAGAAAAAAGCGAGUAAUAUUGAUUCGUCUGGCCACGAAAUUGUGCAGAACAUUCAAGAUAAAGGAGAUUCUACUUCGUUAUCUAAACCCAAGCAACCAUAUAACAUAGGUGUAGAAGAAAAUGUACAGCAUUCCUACGAAAAUAAACAAUUAAAUACCGGGAAACACCUACUACCCGCCAUUAUACCUGAACUACGCUCUAUAAGACGAAAAUCGACGGUGUCUAACAAUAUUGCAAAUGAACAAUGUGCUUCGAAACCAUCCAUUUCUCUUGUUUCCUUGCCAUGUAUAGAUAAUCGAUCGAAUAUCAUUCAUACAGAGCGCCCCUCUUCAAAAGCUUCUCUCAGUCCAGCUUCUAGUGAUGAAGAGUCUUUACUAGUUAUAGAUGAUCGACCAAAUUCAAGCGGUACAGAUGGAUUAACGCCGGUUAACACCUCUAGAUUACAUUCACAAUCCCAAUUGCACGAUUCGACGUCACGAGUUUCGGAAUUAGUACAUAAAAAAAUAUCAAAAUCUCCAAAGACUUCACCGGUGAUAACUAGUACCAUUACAGUAGCCAGUACUACUAAGGCCAUAUCCUCUACUAAGAAGCUAUAUCCCAGUACUACUAAGGCCAUAUACCCUGAGAGUUUAUCAUAUACUACCAAUAAACCAAGGAUAAUGAACUCUUUACCACAAGAAAAUAGUCCAUGUUCCCAUGACUAUCUUCAAAAACAUCAGAAGUACAAUGAAGUUCCUUUACCAGAAGGUCCUUUAAAUUUAACUUUGGUACAACCAGAUUCUAAUAGACAGUCGCAACCUUUUACAAUGGAACGAGAUUUUAAAAAAGUAACGAAUACAGUUGUCCCUUCUAAUGUCCAAUAUAAAUUGAACCCCGAAAUUCCGCAAUCAACGAUUUCAAUGGUGCAUAAAAUCUUUAAUAGUAAAUUAAAUUUCGAAUAUUUGGUAUAUCUAAAGAAUACACUUAAAUUUUUAAAUAUUGAUCUUAAGGUACCUAAUGUCCCACAAGAGCAGAUAUACAAUCGCCAAAAGUUGGCAUAUACAAUUAUUUCUUAUAUAUCUCACUUUCUUUUUAAUGAUUUUCAAUCUCCAAUUCUUCAAAAGUAUGUACAAGACAUGUUAGAAUGUGACCUUGAGAAAUUCAGGCCUUUGGUUGAAACCUUCUUAAAAGCAAAACCUCAUAAUGAAGCAUCGGUAGCUAUGUUCUUAGAAGCAAUAAAAAACCUUUCGUCUUUCGACAAAAGGCAAGUGAAUCAAAUAUUACCGCAGGAUAAACAGCCAGAAAGCAGAACGAAACUUGACAGGCGGAGACUAACCAUAGAUGGUGUUCCCACAAUUGCGAACACAACUGCAGUUAAAAAACCUACUGCUAAAAGAAAGCCGAAGAUGAUAAGUAAAAGAAGACAAACAAUCGAUGCACUUAAUAACUAUGCAGAAACUCAAACAGGAACUAUUGUCAAUGACGCUGAUGUACAGAUUGUUGGAAUUUGGCAAAAUCCACAUCAAAUUGUUAAUCGAAACGAUACGAGGAUUGGAAAUUCAAGUUUGCAACAUCAACAUAGUAAAGUUGUUACGGCUAAUAGCCAUAGUCCUGGGGACUUACGUGGAAAUAAUCAAAAUCAAAUAAUCCCUACAAAUAGUGAUAAUAUUAGACAGUUACUUUUGCAAAAUCAAAAUCGAACUACUCCUGCCAACAGUGAGGAUAUUACGCUUUUAGAUUGGAAAAGUCAAAUUAACAAUGUUAACAAUCCUGGACAUAUAAGUUGGCAAAGUCCAAAUAAUAUAACUAAUACCAAUAGUGAGAGUGUCAAACAAUUUCAUUUGCAAAAUCACAAUCAAAUUACUAAUGCGAACAGUAUUCAACAUUUAGGUUGGCAAAAUCGAAAUUGUAUUAAUAACGACAGUAGGAUGGAACAUGUACGUUGGCAAAACCGUAAUGAAACCGUAAUUGCUAACAAAGAUAAUACCGGACCUUGGCAAAAUAGAAAUGAAAUUCCUAAUGGAAAAAGUAAUAAUUCUGAACAUUUACGUUUCCACAAUCAAAACCAGAAUGAUAUACAUUUGCAAAAUCAAACUCAAAUCAACAAUGCCAACAAUGAGAACAUUGCAAAUUUAUAUUGGCAGAAACAUAAUGAAAUUAUGAAUGCAAAAAGUAAGAGUACGGGAUAUUUACCACGGCCUAAUCGAAACCAAAUUUCGGCUCAAAACCGUGAAGUCAGCUUUAAGAGCCAUGAACCUGUACAUUGGCAAAAUAAGAAUCAAAUCAUUAAUAGCAACAGUCAGAAUAUUGUACCGUUACCUAAUAUUCCAAUCGUAAAUACUAGGCGGCUUCCAAAUUAUUACCCCCAUUCUAGGCAAUAUAUUCCAAAAAAUCUACCUCCCAAUCCCAUUUAUGGUCCCGAUCAAAUGGAACAAGUACUAGAACACUAUCAAAGAAAAAUAAAUAUGAUGGUUAAUCCGCCGCCUGUGGUGGAAAAUUUUUCUACAAGCCAAAAUGGUAUGCAAUUCCCUGGUCCUUAUAUACCGCCGAUUUCUAAUCAAAGAAUACCGCAAUAUAUUCCAGUAGAUCUAGGUAAUCAGUAUAAUAACACUAAUAACGAUGCUCAUAUGAGAAGUACCAGACAAAAUAUUCAAAACAUUGGAAAUGUACCGCUCCGAACAAAUAUGCAAGUACCUAAUAUUUCUGUUCAAGAUCCUAACAUCAGUAGUGUAAAUUGCCAAUACGAAAGAAGUUUUCAGAGAGAUACUGUUCCCACCGACAAUAUUAAUGUUAAAAAUAAUCAAACUAAUAUUUCUGUUCAAGAUCCUAUCAUCAAUAGUGCAAAUUGUCAAUACGAAAGAAGUUUUCAAAGAGAUACUGUUCCUACCGAUAGUAUUAAUUUUAAAAAUAAUCAAACUAAUAUUUCCAUUCAGGAUCCUAUUAUCAAUAGUGUAAAUUGCCAAUAUGAAAGAACUUUUCAAAGACAUACCAUUCCAACCGAUAGUAUUAAUAUUAAAAAUAAUCAAACUGCCAGUGCUGAUGACAAUACAGUUCAAACGAAUGAAUUUUCAAAUAGCGCUAAUGUCAGUAAGUUCAAUGACUUUCAAAAUACAACUAAUGAUAACAAUAGAACUCAACUUAUCUCAAAUGGUGGCACCGGUGCCUCCGAUCAAGAUACAACAAUAAUUGGUCUGAGUGAUACCCACCUCCCGAUUGAUAUCUCAACAAUGAAUAGAAAUGAUUCGAAAACAAGCAAUUCAAUAAUCGAUAAAAUGCUUAUAUCUGACCAAUCAAUGGAAGUUACCGUAACUGAGGUAACCAAAAACAGCACAGAACACUCAGAUGAUAGCACAGAGGAUGAAACAGUUAAAAGUAACGAAGAACCUCGUAAAAAAAAGUUGAAACUGGGAGGAGCCAGUUUUGAUUUUAGGGAACUAGUCCGCAAGGAAAGUAAGAAGACAUACCUGAAAAUUUUGAAUCAGUUUGUCAAUGAACAAAAACCGAUUUUAUUAGUCAAUGUGGAAGAUGUCGGUACCCAUCAUCGUCUUGUGAAACGAAAUCCAAAUCCAAUUAGUUAUCGUACUUUAUUGUGA